GGAGAGGAAGGGCUUGGAAUGGGGGUGGGGACAGGGUGCUUUAAACAUGAGGCAGUGUACUAAAUACAAAGCUCAACCCGAGCUAACAAACAGGGUUUUGCCCAGCCACAUCACAGGAGCAGAGGGGAGCAGAUACAGGAUGCAAGAGUGUCGCUUCCUGUGUUGAAAUAUACUCACUUUUUUUUGCCAUUUACCAAGUCCAAGCACAGAACUUUUUACACAGUUUUUUCCCCUGAAUGGGACAUUCACUUCUGGCUGGGUACAGCUCACUGAGCCCUUAGGAACUGAAUGACUUGUGAUGUGGAAAGUGUCAAAUUUAUCCUUUGUGUUUUUAACCCUUUGUUAGCUGUUGCCAAGCAUGGACAGGAUGGAUGUGACCGAAACCAUCGCUGGUAUCCAGCUUCCUGGUCACCUUCACACGGCUCAGUCCUUGCAGUACGCCCAGGAGUUCAAGUUCAGAGAAGGGGAUAUUGUGAUCAUCACCUACCCAAAGUCAGGAACAACAUGGAUGCAAGAAAUCUUGACUUUGAUCUACAGUAAGGGGGACCCAGAAGUGGCGACCUCCAUUCCUAAUUGGGAGCGUUCCCCAUGGCUGGAGCACAUGUACUUCAAAGACGUUCUUAAGGAGGGAGAAGGACCCCGGAUCAUAACCAGCCACUUCCCCAGCGAGUUGCUAGCUCCAGCACUGCAAAACUCAAAGGCAAAAGUGAUCUACAUCGCAAGGAAUCCCAAAGACGUGGCUGUUUCCUUCUAUUAUUUCCAUAAAAUGGCCAAGUUCUUGCCAAAUUUCGAUUCGUUCUCAGAAUUUCUGCAAAGUUUCCUGGAGGGAAAAGUGUCUUACGGCUCCUGGUUUCAGCAUGUGAAGGGCUGGCAUGAACAGAAGAAGAAUCUGGAUAUGUUUUAUAUUACUUACGAAGAGCUGCACAAGGACUUUAGAAGAUCGCUCAAGAAGUUGUGUAGAUUUUUGGGAUGUCCAAUGUACUCCAGAGAGCUUGAUGAAAUCGAGAAUCACAGUCGAUUUCCUGUCAUGAGUCAGAACUGCAUGGUUAAUUACACGCUAGUAUCUCAGGACAUCAUGGAUCAUGAACAGAGCAAAUUUAUGAGGAAAGGUAUAGUUGGUGACUGGAGAGAGCACCUGACAGAAGAGCAGAAUGCAGAAUUUGACAAGGUUUUUCAAGAGAAGAUGUCAGGCUGUGAUCUUCGCUUUAUCUGGAGCUUAGAAUAGGUAGACGCCAAGAGGACAUUUCGUUUACGUAUCGGCCGGAUGAAGUCAAUCCAGGAGGCUGAGCAAAAUGUCCAUCUUCUGUCAUCA